AUGAGUCCGUUCUGCCUAGUCUAUGGAAAGGCUUGUCACCUUUCGGUAGAGGUAGAACACAAGGCUUACUGGGCUAUAAAGAAAUGCAACUCAGGAUUGGGAGGAGCCAGAAUUGAAAGAAAAUUACAACUAGAGAAAUUGGAGUACAUUCGACUAGAAGCUUAUAAAAACUCAAGGCUCUACAAAGAAAAGGUGAAAGUGGUACAUGAUUAUAACAUCAAGAGAAGAGAGAUUAGAGUUAGGGAUCAAGUCCUUCUCUACAACUCAAGGUUGAGAUUAAUGCCGGGCAAACUGAGGUCAAGAUGGGAUAGACCCUACGUGGUGGAGAAGGUUGAACCGUAUGGAGUUGUCUACCUAAGUCCCUCCUCAAACCCUACCUUCUUCAAAGUCAAUGGCCACCGUUUAAAGCUUUAUCAUGGUGCACAAGUGAAGAACAAAAAGGAGCUGGUGAUCUUUCUCUUGAAGGACCCAGCCAAGGAAGAGAACUGA